AUGGCAUUGUGUAUUGUGAUGGAUCCUGCCACAAUUGCUAGGACCAGCACUCAUCAGAUUGGAAGUAGGGUGGCAUGGAGCAGAAAUUAUGCGGCGAAAGAGAUCAAGUUUGGCGUUGAUGCUCGUGCUUUGAUGCUUAAGGGUGUUGAAGAGCUUGCUGAGGCAGUUAAAGUAACCAUGGGUCCCAAGGGACGUAAUGUUGUGAUUGAGCAAAGUUUUGGUGCCCCUAAAGUGACUAAAGACGGAGUCACUGUUGCUAAGAGCAUUGAGUUCAAGGAUAAAGUCAAGAAUAUUGGUGCCAGUCUUGUAAAGCAGGUUGCAAAUGCUACCAAUGAUGUUGCUGGUGAUGGAACCACUUGUGCUACAGUUCUUACCCGGGCAAUAUUUGCGGAAGGGUGCAAAUCAGUUGCAGCUGGAAUGAAUGCAAUGGACUUGAGGCGAGGUAUAAAUAUGGCUGUUGAUGCUGUCGUAACAAGCUUGAAAAGCAGAGCACGGAUGAUUAGCACUUCGGAAGAAAUAGCUCAGGUUGGGACAAUAUCUGCCAAUGGAGAGAGAGAAAUUGGUGAGUUAAUUGCAAAGGCCAUGGAGAAAGUUGGCAAAGAAGGUGUAAUCACAAUUGCAGAUGGCAAGACAUUGCUCAAUGAGUUGGAAGUUGUUGAAGGAAUGAAGCUUGACAGAGGCUAUAUUUCUCCGUAUUUCAUUACAAACCAGAAGAACCAGAAAUGUGAGCUUGAGGAUCCCCUCAUUAUAAUCCAUGAGAAGAAAAUCUCAAGUAUAAAUUCUAUAGUUAAAGUAUUAGAAUUAGCUUUGAAGAAACAAAGACCUUUAUUAAUUGUUGCCGAGGAUGUGGAAAGUGAUGCUCUUGCAACUCUUAUUCUAAAUAAGCUUCGUGCUGGAAUUAAGGUAUGUGCGAUCAAAGCCCCUGGUUUUGGUGAAAACCGGAAAUCUGGUCUCCAGGAUCUCGCAGUUCUUACAGGAGGCCAAUGUCGUCUUAUAAACACAUAG